GGAGCAAUAUGGAACCCGAGGACCGGGCACGAAGCACAGCCCACUUUCUUUUGUAAUGGAGCAGUGAUUGUACUUGCCAACUUGCUCAGGUGCCAGGCACGAAUCCAAACUGCGAAUAAAUUGGAACUACGAACAACUUCAUCCUUUAAAAGCCCCAAAAUCUGACAUGUUACUUCCACAAUUGAAAUCAGGACAGUUCUGCUUAACCUCAAUUUAUUAGAGUGUUCCGUCCAGGCCGGCCAGGUAUCACUCAAGCUUGAGCAACUUGAAUAUACUUGAAGCUCCCUGGUCCCUCACUAUUAUUGCUGUGACAUCACCUCCACCUUCCACCUCCGAUUUAUUACUCUUAUCCCGAUUCCCGACUAGUUUGAAGAAAACUUGACAUUUCCAAGAUCCGAAUUCACCGCCUAAACAAUAAUAACACAUCACCAAAAUGGCUUCCUUGAAUCUUUCUACAAAUGGCCCUUCGAUUAAGAGUAGCUACCAAGGCGUUAUUAACGCCCCCGCUCCUCCGUCAGGCAGCUCUUCUACAUACGGUCAAUGGGCUUUAUUCUAUGUCCAAGCCCCCUUAGCAAAUGCCUUUCAAGAUAGUGGAGGGAAAGAAAGUGUUUUGAAGGUCCAAUCGACUGGUUCUGGUGAAUUAGACGACCUCAUCGAAGACUUCAACGAGGGUCGUAUUCAGUUUGCCUUUCUCAAAGUCAAGGACCCGAAUACUGGCUUGCCUAAAUAUGCUCUCAUCGCAUGGUGCGGCGGCGGUGUGCCCGAGAGGACGAAAGGCUACUUCACAAGUCAUCUAAAUGCUGUUUCUAAAGUUCUUCACGGAUAUCACAUACAAAUCACUGCUCGUUCCGAUGUCGACCUCGAACCCGCAAAUAUCCUUCAAAAAAUUUCUGAUGCGUCUGGUGCCAAGUAUACCGUCGGUGGAAGUGCACCUGUCAAGAGUGGAGGGGCGCCACCUCCCGUAAAAUCGAAGCCUGUCUUCUCUACAACCUCGACCGCUACCAUCUCCUUCAACCCUAUAGUUGCUGCACGAAAUGCAAGCUUGAGGAAGACAGGUGAUGAUGGCUGGGGGGAUGCGCCGCAACCUUCUAGGUCUGAGCUUGAGAAAGUUGAAUCGGCAUACAAGCCAACAAAGGUCAACAUGGCCGAGCUGACAAGCCAAAAACAAGAACCUUCGAGAUUCAAUGGCUCGAGUCAACAGGACGAUAGGCCUAGGGAUGUAAUUGGAGGAGGAUACCAACCGGUUGGAAAGGUUGACAUUGCUGCUAUCCGAGCCGCCGCGAGGGAGAAGAAAGAUGAUCGACCAACCCCAGUCAAGGGUGCCUACGAGCCGGUGGGCAAGGUCGACAUUGCCGCUAUCCGAGCAAAGGCUCAGAAGCCUGACGACUCUGAGCCUCAAGCUGAAGCUGAAGCUGACGAACGACCGAGGUCUCUGUCAGAACGAAGCGCGGCGUUCAACCAGGCGGAACGGAUUACGGAACUUCCUAAACCGAAGGUUGCUAAGAAGUUCGGUGGCGCAUCUGCUUUUACGGGUACUAAACCACCUACUCCUGGAGGUUUUGGUGGCCCGUCAUCUACCCCUGCUGCCCCACCUGUUGGAUCUGCGAGCCGAACCUUCGCCGACCAAGGAGGAAAGACGCCUGCCCAGAUCUGGGCCGAGAAGAAGGCACAACAAGGCGGUGCUUCUGGCGCCGGCAAACCUCUAACAUCACCUAUUGCUGCGCAGACAAGUGGAGGGGCUGGGUGGCAGAGCGGCUACACUGGCAAGAGCUGGGCACCGGUUCAGACAGGUGCAUUCGCGCGUGGCAUCCCGGGACAAAAGACUGGCGAUACCGAGAAUAGCCAAGAAGCUCCAGCAUCUCCGGGAAGUGUUGGUGCCUUACGUGACCGUUUCAAGGAAUCACCCCAGAUAAUUGCUCCCGCCCCUUCGGCACCGAAGAUUCCGUCACAUGCCGAGGACAACGAACGUGCACCGCCGCCACUGCCUUCGGCGUCGCGACCUUCGGAUGGCGCGCCAUCGGGUGGCUUUGCACUUCCCGGUAUGCCCCCUCGUCCACCUCCGGUUACGGAUGAAGAAGAAGAGGAGCCCGAACGUGCGCCUUCUCCUGUUCGCAUAGCGGUGCCCGUCGCUCGUGGUCCUGAACCUGAGAUCGAACCGGUGCACGAACCACCCCGAUCACUCCCCGUGCGACAGAUCGAGCAAGAGCUUCCUAGGGAAGAAGAACUACCGGUAGAAGAGGAGACUCAUGAUCCCCGUGCUGCUGCCACUGCUGUUGCCGAGUCUCAGUUUGGUCAUGAUCAAGUGGCUGAGGCUGCCGCUUUAAGUGGAGGCAAACGCGCCUUAAUCCAGUACGAUUAUGAGAAGGCGGAAGACAAUGAGCUAGAGCUCCGAGAAGGUGAAUAUGUCACAAACAUUGAAAUGGUGGAUGAAGACUGGUGGAUGGGUACCAACGCCCAAGGCGAGAGCGGCUUAUUCCCUAGCAACUAUGUUGAACUCGUUGAUGAUGAAGAGGAGGCAACUGCACCUGCCGCCGCAGCUACCCACGCCGCGGUACCUCCCCCUGCACCCGCAACCGCUGCCGAGCCCGAGCCCGCAGCUGCAGCCGGCAAUGGACAUACGGCUACGGCUCAGUUCGACUACGAGGCUGCUGAAGAUAACGAGCUGAGCUUCCCUGACGGAGCUACGAUUACGAAUUUGGAAUUUCCCGAUGAAGACUGGUGGUUUGGUCAUUAUAAGGGAGCAUCCGGCCUGUUCCCUGCCAAUUAUGUGCAGCUAGACGAGCAGUGAUUCCAUCCUACUCCCUUUCCUCUUCGGUGAAAAUGUAACGAUGUGGCAUUGCAACAGUAUGGCGGUUGUUGAUUUGGAGAACACCUAGACAGGAGGCGAUAGUUAUCAAUUCAACGGAGACGACGUGAUGAGAGUUUGUUUUCGUUCGUAGGUAGUUGGAGCAAAAAUAAAAGUUCUUCAAUCAUAAC